GCUUGGAGCGCGAGCGGUUGAAAGACAGUUGGUGUCGGUUCUGCCAAGUUCGGGUUCGGCAGUCCUUCUCCAUGGCAGAUCAUGAAGAGGUGCAGGUUUCUUCACAGCCCCCUCCGCCUUCCUUCUCUCCCUCGUCUUCAGAUGCCUCUUCAACAUCUUCCCCCGGCGUCCCAGUGAGUUUGGACUGGCCUGUUCCGAGCAGGGGUAGCGGUCAAACGGUGGACCCGCUGGAGGAAGUGGAGUUGCAGAUCGGAGACGCAGCAUUUUCAUUAACCAAACUUCUUGAAGCCACGUCUGCAGUAUCAGCCCAAGUGGAAGAGCUUGCCUUCAAGUGUACAGAAAAUGCACGUUUCCUUAAAAGAUGGCGGGACCUCUUGAAAGAAGGCUAUGAUUCUUUGAAGCCGGACAACUGAUUUGGCUGUGAAAUAGCUCCUGCUUCCUCAUUUAUGAUAUUUGCACAUGUACCAUAGGUAUAGUAGAAUCUCCAGGAGUUCUGUAGAUUCAACAUGAAAUUUUUCUUGAUUUUAUUUACUUUUGUGAGAGCAGAUUACUGAUGUUGUUUUCAAUGCUGGCUAUUAUUUGUUUACCUUAAAUACAAUCUGUCUAAAUUUUUAUAAACUCUUUCAUGAAAGUUAAUUUCAUCAGUAGAUAAUUCGACAGCUUUUCUAACAGCAAACUAGAUAGAACAUUAUUCUAUUUGAUUUGCAAGAAGAUGCCAAGAAUGACUGAGUUUGAAGUUCAGCUUCAUUUUAUGGACCAAGGAAGAUAACUUUAAAGUUUAUAAUGUUAGAUCCAGCUCCAUUAGGCUAAGUUCUCUAGAACCAAUCACUGUAUCUUACUUCUAUAUCCCUGGAACCUAUAACAGUGUCCCAUAAUCAGUCUAAGUUUGUUGGAUAAAAAGAGUUGACAACAUAAUUAAAAUCUGUUUUUUUCUCCCUGUUUUUAGUAAAAAGGUUAUCAUUGGUUCUCAAAAAAUAUCUGAGUCAAAUAUUUACAGGGGUUUGAACUUUAACUGAUAACAGCUUUUUAAAAUACAUAAUAAGUAUUUUUUGCCUUUCUAUGAUUCUUUUUAAAAAGGCUUUUUACGUCAGAAAAUACAGGCAGGUAGAGAAAGAAUGCAUUUUUUCCCUUUUUAUUUCUAAGGUUAACUGCUUCUAUAGAUAAUAUUUCUUGUGUUCCAUGUUGGGUCCUUGAUUUCUCUCUGUCAAGUGCCUUAUCACAAAUAUGGCUCUGUACUGUUGCUUUUGGAGCUUUGUGAGUAACAAUUCUAAAUUCUAAACAUGAUAAUUUUAAAGAAGUUACUUUGUUUUUAAUGCAAAAAUUUUAAAUGAUGUCCUUAUAUUCAUAUUAUUUGACUUUAUUGACAGUGUUCUAUUUUACUUGUUCUGUGUGUUAUGUUACUUUCUCUGGCUCUGUUUCUCUCCCUAGUGGUUCAUGUCAUGUGUCAAUGACUAAGCCAAUUAAUUUUCUACUAUAUAACUCUGGACCUCUUUGAUAUAGCAUCUUAAUUCUUUGUAGAUAUGGAGAUGUGUACAGAACCAUAUUGUAAAGCCCCACAAUGGGGCUGUGAAAGGGGACAAAUGGAUGAGCAAAGAAGAGUUUUGUGUAGCAUAUCAGGUCAUAGUUCUUGAUUAAUUUUUUUAAGUUAGAGAUAACACAUAUAGCCCUGGCUGAUGAGGCUUGGUGGAUUGAGCCCUGGCCUGAGAACCAAAAGGUCACUUGUUCCAUUCCCAGUCAGGGCACAUGCCUGGGUUGUGGGCCAGGUCCCCAGCUAGGGUCAUGAAGAAGCAACUGGUCAAUGUAUCACUCACACACUGAUGUUUCUCACCCUCUCUUUCUCCCUCCCUUCCUCUCUCUCUAAAAGUAAGUAAAUAAAAUCUUUUAAAAAAAGAUAACACCUAUAGUAUGUACCUGUACCACAGAAUUGCAUAUUUUGAUAUUAGAAAAAUAUUUUUCUAAUGUGUCAUGAAAAUUAAAAAUUUAAAAUGUACAAAAAUAAACUUGUUAAAAGCAAA